UGCACCUGCACCGCGCGCGGAUAGAGGACAGAGGGGAGAGAGACAGAGAGAGAGAGAGAGAGAGAGAGAGAGAGACAGAGAGAGAGAGAGAGAGACAGAGAGAGAGAGAGAGAGAGGAGAGAAAGAGAGAGAGAGAGAGACAGAGAGACAGAGAGAGAGGAGAGAGAGAGAGAGACAGAGAGAGAGAGGAGAGAGAGAGAGAGAGAGAGAGAGAGAGAGAGAGAGAGAGCUGGUUCAUGUCUUUUGUACUGAGGCUUGUCUCGCGCGGUCUGGUGUUCAUAGCGGGGGCUCGAGGCUGCUCGCGGCUCCUCAUCAGUCCCGCCGCGGUGUGAUCGCUCUUCCGUCACAGAGCCUCGGAACCGGAAUCAUCCGCCAAUAAUCUGGAUUAUUCCUCCUCGCCAGAGCGGCCGCGGAUGAUUUGAUGACUCGAUGGUUUCUCUCAGGUUGUGUUGCAGCGCGAGGCGGCUCUUAAAGGGAAAGUCCGCGCGAGGGCAGCGCCUUUUGUGCUCGGCGUGAGUGAUGCUCACCGGACAACCGGCACGAGAGGCACAAGAGGAACGGGCACGAGCAGGGUGUGUGAGCGAAGUGUGCGCGCGCGCGUGUGUGUGUGUGUGUGUGCGCGUGUGCGCGUGAGGUGCCCUUACAGAAAAGCAGGACUGUAAUGAAAACGUGCUGCAGUCUUUUCUCUCAGGGCCGUUUCGAGCAGUAGAGAAGAUGUAGCGCUGCACUCUAUUGUCAGAGGGGGGUGUGGGAGCGAAGUGUGCGUGCGUGCGUGAGGUGCGUGAGGUGUGUGUGUGUGUGUGUGAGCGAGAGACGCCGGAGCUCAUGAGAAGAGUGGCUCGCGCUGCUGGAUCUCGUCUGGAGCUGUGAGGCAGGAGGAGGAGGAGCGCGUGCGGCAUCAUGGCCCUGAGCCGCAGCGUGGAGCUCGAGCACUUUGACGAGCGCGACAAAGCGCGGCGUUCCGCGCGCGCCUCAGCCUCCGCCGCCUCGGGCACGGGCUCUCCGAGCGGCUCUCGCGCGAGCAGCCUGGCGCCCAGCCCCGCGCACAGCGCCAACUGCAGCUUCUACCGCACGCGCACGCUACGCGCGCUCACCUCGGAGAAGCGUGCGCGCAAAGUGCGCUUCUACCGCAAUGGAGACCGCUACUUCACGGGGCUCGUGUACGCCGUGUCCGCGGACCGCUUCCGCUCGCUGGACGCACUGCUGGCCGAGCUGACGCGCGCGCUUGCAGACAGCCUGCACCUGCCGCAGGGCGUGCGCACCAUCUACUCUAUGGACGGGGCAAAGAAGGUCGCGAGCCUGGACGAGCUGGUGGAGGGUGAGAGCUACGUCUGCGCGUCUAAUGAACCCUACAAGAAGGUGGACUACACCAAGAACGUGAACCCUAACUGGGGCUCUCGGAUGGCUGGAACAGGGACUGGGAUGGGGCGUCAGGGCUCAGGUGGAGGCCAGAGCAGGGAGAGUAAAGACUUCAUCAAGCCCAAGCUGGUGACGGUGAUCCGCAGUGGGGUGAAGCCACGCAAGGCCGUCAGGGUGCUGCUGAACAAAAAGACAGCUCACUCAUUCGAGCAGGUGCUGGCUGACAUCACCGAGGCCAUUAAACUGGACUCUGGAGCCGUGAAGAAGCUCUACACUCUGGAUGGGAAGCAGCUGACGAGUCUUCAGGAUUUUUUCGGAGACGAUGAUGUGUUCAUCGCGUGCGGCCUUGAGAAGUUCCGUUAUGCUCAGGACGAUGCUGCGAUUGGACACGCGGGGAAACCUUCUGCGGCUGCAUUCGUUAAUGAGUGUAAGAUGAAAUCGUCAAAGUCAUCUGCUCCCAUUAAAUACGCUGUUCCCAAAGGCUCUGAUGUGAACAGGUCAAAAUCACCUGUGUCAGGCAGUGACGUUACCGGAGGUCAGACCCCGACAGUAAAGUCAUCAAAGACCCCAACGAGCCCAGGCAGUCAGUGCAGCCUGAAGAUUUCCUCCCGCCAUGUAUCUCCCUCCCCUCCCCCCUCAGAAGAGCUGAAUGGAGCAGAGGACCUGAGCCCAGAAGUUAAUGGGAAUAAGGUGCAGUCCUCCAUCAUCACCGAUAAAUACAAAGUGGGGAAAGUCAUCGGAGAUGGAAAUUUUGCUGUGGUUAAAGAGUGUGUGGAGAGGACCACUGGACAGGAAUAUGCUCUGAAGAUCAUAGACAAGGCCAAAUGCAGUGGGAAGGAGCACCUGAUAGCCAAUGAGGUGGCAAUACUGCGACGCGUCCGGCACCCCAGCAUCAUUAUGCUAAUUGAAGAGGUGGACACAGCUACUGAGCUUUACUUGGUUAUGGAGCUUGUUAAGGGAGGAGAUCUAUUUGAUGCCAUCACCUCUUCCACAAAGUACACAGAGAGAGAUGCCAGUGCUAUGGUCUACAAUCUGACCGGAGCACUCAGAUACCUACACCGCAUGAGCAUAGUGCACAGAGAUAUCAAACCAGAGAAUCUACUGGUGUGUGAAUAUCCAGACGGCACAAAGUCUCUGAAGCUGGGAGACUUCGGGCUGGCCACUGUAGUGGAAGGACCACUCUAUACUGUCUGUGGAACACCCACCUACGUGGCACCAGAGAUUAUUGCAGAGACAGGGUAUGGUUUAAAGGUGGAUAUCUGGGCAGCGGGGGUGAUCACAUACAUCCUGCUGUGUGGGUUUCCUCCGUUCCGCAGUGAGAGGAACCAACAGGAGGAGCUGUUUGAGCAGAUUUUGCUGGGCAGACUGGAGUUCCCCUCACCUUACUGGGACAACAUCAGCGAGAGUGCCAAGGACUUGAUUGGUAAGAUGCUGCAGGUGAAUGUGAGUGUGCGCUACACGGCAGAGGAAGUCUUGUCACAUCCAUGGGUUCUGGACGAUACUGCACUGGAGAACAAUACGACCUGUGAGACACCAGAUGCAGAACACACAAAUGACAGCACAGGAACAGAAGCACAGUUGGAUCAGCUGCAAGGCAAUGAGCAAAGCGCGACGUAGAUGGAGAUACUCUGGAGGAUCAGCAGAGGACAAGCCACUCUCGCUCAGCCAAAGCUUAAAGGAAUACUUCAACCAGAAAUGCCAACAUGGAUAAAACUGAAUGAAGGCUAAACUGGGACCGAUACGUAUUUUCCUCCCACUAGCUUUCAUUCAAUAGCAAAACCAGCAGUUUUGAGUGAAGUAUACCUUUAAACGCAACGCUCUACAAAAUCUACUGAGCUGCGACCACCAGACCAGCAAAACCCUAAACCUCCCUUCUCUCCUCUUGUAAUUUUCCCCUACGCUCCCUCCAUUCAUGUCUUUGAACCUUCUUCUCAUUUAACUCUGUUCAUUCUCUCUUGUCCUCUCCACCCCCACACUCCCCAGUUUAAUGCUCUCCUGCCUCUUUUCUCCUUGACUGGUAUCUAUCAGAUGUCUCAGAGGACGAGUGCUGGUCACCACUCAAGUGCCCCAUUAACAGCAGCUUUCAUAUUUAAAUGAAUCAGUUAAUAUGCUUUUUCUCAGUUACUGUUGUGGGCUUUUAGAGAAAAGGAACAUCUUAAAGAAACACUCGUGGUUUUUCAACCUCCAUUUUCUGCAUAUGUUUUGUACUGUUUAUUACAAAACAACAGAAAACCAACUGAAUCUGAAAAUGUGUUGCAAUAUUGCAAAUUUAAAACUAAGACCAUUACACUUUAACAAUACAGGGGCCUCACUUCUGAAUCUCAUUCUAAAUUACAGUCUACAGUGUUUACAAAAUGAAUAUUGUAAUGGCGAUGGAACACAUGCCCUUCCUUUGUAAGUCAGACUGUAAACCUGCCAGCAUCUUAGGGCUGGGCGAAAAAAUGAUAAUGAUAAUUAUCUUUUCCUCGAUAGAGCGAUAAGAAAGGUUCGAUAAAUGUUCAAUAUAACACACCAUUCUCACACUUCCACGUUUAGCCAAAGCCCUGGUGGCGUUUUCUACUGCGAGGAAAGCAACACUACUCUGCCGUUGCCAGGAGAGGGCGCUCUUUGGAAUUUUUCGACAUGAUUAGAGAGGGAGGGCGAAAAAGGAUCGCAAAAUAUACUUUAGCAACGUCUGAAACACAGAGUUAUGCAUUCCCCGUUUGGGUGGAGCGACCGGCGAUCUGUUCUCUGUGACUAAGUGUGAGUGAUGAGAUCAGUGGUGUUACUAAGCUGGUUUAGAGUGAACUCACCUCUUUCUGUACAUCCUAACAAGAUUUAGCAGCAUUAAAUCACAAUCACAAUCCUCACAACUACAGCGCUGUCAAAAAGUCAUUUAAGUAUCAGUGCAUUCCCAAGCAACAAAAGUAAAAGAAAGAAGUGAGUUCAUGUCAAUUAAAGCCCUGAUUUAAAUGAAAGUGAGGGAGGUUGUGAGGCAUUAGAGAGUGGGAGCAAAUAAUGAUUUGACAUUUAUCGUGAUAUGUAUCGAUAUCGAGCGAUAAUAAUAUUGUUUAUCGUGAUAACGUUUUUGGCCAUAUCGCCCAGCUCUAGAGCAUCUAUGCACAUUUUCACAUCAAAAACCAUUUUUAUUAGUCAUUACAUCUGGCCAUUUUAAGAUGAGAUCUAUGCAUACCUUUUUUUUUUUUUUAGAAAUGAGGCACCAGUUCUUAGAAUGAGGCUGACAUUAGAUAAUGUCAUAACGACACUGUUUCCUAAGUUUUAUUGAACAUUUUAGUGCUAAAGUAACAUAAAAAAAGUAGUUCCGGUUAUUCUCGCUUUCCCUAAAUUGUUGGUAUCCAUGGUGAUCAGGCAGGAGCCUUAGACAACUCCACCCACAUCACUACACAGAUAAUGCAUCAGCACAAAUUUCCUGUGGAAAUUCCAGUCACAUCUAUGAAAUAAGUUAUUUGCAGAUUUACGGAUCAAUUUACCAACAUUUUUUCCUGUACAUGUUUACUGGCAGAAUUCAACUGUCUAUUGGCUUCUAUUAUCAGUGUAUUUUAGAUCAAUGGGUUUUCUGUUAGCAUCCUAUUCAGGGAACUUAAAUAUGGCAUUUUUAUGCAACACCUAGUUAAUUUAUCACUAUCACUAACCUAUCACUAAAGUAAUGGUGCACUAAAUGUGCAGAAGUGUGUUCUCUCUAGAGGAUGUGUACUUCACCUACAAAAUCACCUACAAAAUCAACAAAAUAUGUCAUUUGACCAGUGGUGCCCAUUUAACCAUGUACUCUGUGAAAUCUGAUGUAUAUAACGACUCCUGGUCUGUGUUUGCUCGCAGAUUCUCCAAACGAACCAGCGACCUCAUUUCCUACUGCGCUGUGUCCUUCUUUACCUCUCUUUCUGUAUAUACAGUAUCUAGAUGUGAAAAUCAUCGAACUUUCAGUCAGUAGGUACACUAUAUCGCCAAAAAUAUGUGGUCAUCUGCUCAUCACAUCAUGGGCCUUAAUAUGGAGAAGGCUGUCCAAAGAUUUGAGUGUGUCUGUGGGAAUUUGUGCCCAUUCAGUCAAAAAGCAUUUGUGAGGUCAGGCAUUGAUAAUGGAUGAGAAGGACUGGCUCACAGUUGACUUUUCAAUUUAUCCUAAAGGUGUUCAGUGAGGAGAAUACAACUGUCUAAGAUGUCUCUGUAUGAUGUAGCACUGACAUUACCACUGGGUAAUGGGUUUAUCAGAGAGCCAGAUAGUGAAGCAUGACUCAUCACUCAAGAGAACACAUUUCCGCCUCUCCAGAAUCCAGUGGCAGUGUGCUUUACACUACUCUAGCCAACGCUUGGCAUUAUGCAUAGUGAUCUUAGGCUUGCAUGUAGCUGUCAGCCUGUGGAAACCUACUUCAUGAAGCAACAAAAGACAUGCCAUUUUUACGCUCUACAAUGCUUGGCAGCCCCGCUGUGAAAAUUUGUAUGGUAGCCCGCUCCUGGAUGCUUCCAUUUUAUAAUAAUAGCACUUACAGUUGACCAUGGCAGAUCUAGCAGAUUUGAAAUCUCACAAACAGACUUGUGGCAAAGGUGGCAUCGUUGUGCACAGUGCCACGUAUAAAGUCACUGAGCCCUUCAGUAUGACCCUUUCUACUGCCAGUGUUUGUCUAUUGUGACAGCAUGGUUAAGUGCACCUGUUAGCAGUGGGGGUCGCUGAAACACCUGAAUUCAAUAAUCAGGAGGGGUGUCCACAUACCUUUGGCCAUAUAGUGUCCAUCCAUACAGUGUGCCAUUAGACCUAGAUCUUUCAGCCAUUCCUUCAAUUUUACAUAUCAGUAGACAUAUCAGUUCCUACAUGUAAAUGCAUUAGAUUGUAUGUGGAUCGGGUGAGUGUGCGAGUUUGUUGAACAAAAAGAAAGUAUUUGAAUGUUUGAGCAUAAUUUUGUGUGCCCUGUGUGACUUGAUUCGAAGAAACGGAAUAGUCUUAACUUUUGCUUUACACCAAAAUAGGGUUGGCCUUCGAUGGAUGAAGAGAACAGAAGUGCUGUAUUAUGUGUGUGUGUAUGUGUGUGAGGGAGAGUGUGUGUAAUUGCCACCUCGUCCUUUUUCUGAGAAUAAGUGUUAUCCAUUUGAUUUUAUCUGAGAAAGAAAGAGGAAAACAUGGAUGGUACUGAACGACUGUGUCAUGUUAAAAGUGUAAUAGUAUUAACUUUUGUACUGUGGUUGAUUAUUCGGGCCAAACGUUCCCUGCCUACACCGUAAUGAUGAUGGCUUUUUAUUUAAUCUUUUCUUUGUACUUCAACAAUACAUCUUUAGUAGCUGAA